AUGGAGCCUCAGCUAGCAGCUGAAGCUGCUGGCACAGCUCAGCUCCCAGGUCUGCUGCUCCGGGGCCGACGGCCCCCGCACCCCCCCACCCUGCACAUGGUUAUUGAGGCGCUGCGGGCUCAGGAUGAGAAGAAGGGUGCCUCUGUCAUUGCCAUCAAGCGGUUCAUCCUGGCCAAGUACCCCACUGUGGACCCCAUCCGCCUUAAGUACCUGCUGAAGCAGGCACUGAGCAAGGGGCUGAGCCGUGGGGACCUGGUACGGCCCCACAACUCCUCUGCCAUGGGGGCCACCGGCCGCUUCAAGUUAGCCCCCAAGAAGCCGCGGCACAAGCAGCCACCAGGCCAGGCAGAUCCUGAUGGGGGCCAGGCCCCGAAGCCGGGACGGAAAGGGGCCACCAAGCCUCCCCGGGCCCCCGCGCAACAGCAAGGCGCUGCAGAGAAGAAGCCGACAGCAACAAAGCGGAAGCCAAGGGCGAAGCCCACAAACGCCCAGCCGCCAGCAGCAGCAAAGCCCAGGAGCGAUGGAGCAAAGUCCCUGCCAGCUGCCAGCCGCCCCCGGGCUACUGGCAAAGGGCGUUCACAGUGUCCUGCGUCUCCGGCCGCUGAGGAUGCGGGAGGGGGCAAUGGUGACAGCCCUGUGGCUGCCGGGGCAAAGGGGCCCCGAAAGGCCCCAGUGGGAAAGAGCAAGGGGAAGGCACCCAAGAGGGCACAGCAAGAUGCCCCCAAGGCGAAGGGGGGUCAAGGCAAGGCGAGGAAGCCCCGGGCAGCCCCAGAAGCCAGCCAGGGGGAGGCCAGGCUGCGGAAGGCAGUCUCUACCUCAGCAGGCAGAAAGGCUCCAUAG